AUGGGGCUUUUUGAACUAAACUUGUCUCAAAACAAUCUUGAUGGCUCGAUACCAGUCAGACUUUUUGCCGACCUUCUAUUCGCCUGGAGUCUGGACUUCUCACACAACAAUCUCACAGGGGAACUACCACCGGUACUUGGUACAUAUGGCAUUGGUAGUGGUCUAGUGUCCCUUCACAUGGAAGGAAACAGGUUUCAUGGACAAAUUCCAGAAAGAUGGCAUCUAUUAGUAUCAACCCGGCAGAUUAAUCUUUCUCACAGUGGCUUAUCCGGUGUCGUGCCCAAAUUCUUUGAGCAACUUGAUAAGCUGGAGCAACUUGAUCUCUCUUACAACAACUUGGAAGGGGCUGUUCCUGCAAGUGGUAUCUUCACGCAUUCUGCUGCAGUAGUUUUGGAUGGCAACAAGGGACUCUGCUCAAAUUCCCCCAGGCUAGCGUUACCAAUUUGUCCUGGCAUCUCAGGUUCAGCAACUAAAGUGAAGCAUCAUCUGUCAUUGCUGGUGACCUCGCUGCUAAUUGUACUACCACCACUUACUAUUGGUUCCCUAGUCUUGAUAUGGUUUAUGCUCACUAUUUGGAAGAAAGGGUCGUUUCCAUUUUCACGAUGGGAUCUUGUGUCCAAGAUGUUUCCUAAUAGAAGAGAAGUGCAUACAGCCCCGUGCCAUGACGAGAAGAAGCUGAAGAGAGUGUCAUACGAGGACAUUCUUAAAGCUACCAACUGGUUUUCUUUGGUCCAUACUAUCAACUCAACUUGUACUGGUUCAGUUUAUGUUGGUAGGUUCAAGUCCGACAAGAGCCUAGUUGCCAUCAAAGUAUUCAACUUGAACGAACCUGGUGGAUAUGAGAGUUACCUUAUUGAGUGUGAAGUGCUCCGAAGCACCCGCCAUAGAAAUAUAAUGCGACCUGUGACCCUAUGCUCAACAUUGGAUUCACAAAACCAUGAGUUCAAAGCACUAAUCUUCGAGGUCAUGGUUAAUGGAAGCCUGGAGGCAUGGUUGCAUUCUGAGCAGCACAAUGGAAUUCUAGACAAAGUGCUAAGCUUUGGCCAGAGGAUAUGCAUAGCAGCAGAUGUGGCUUCUGCUCUUGAUUAUGCCCACAAUGAACUGACGCCUCCUUUGAUCCAUUGUGAUUUGAAGCCAAACAAUGUCCUUUUGGAUGAUGACAUGACUGCGCGGCUCAGUGACUUUGGCUCAGCAAAGUUUCUAUCACCAGGUGUAGUAAUUCCUAAAAGCCUGCAUGAUGUUGGAGGGACAAUUGGAUACGUGGCACCUGAGUACAGAAUGGGCUGCGAGAUCUCCGUAGGCGGUGAUGUGUAUAGUUUCGGAGUGCUUCUACUGGAAUUGCUUACUGGAAAACGACCUACCGAUGAUAUGUUUGUGGAUGGACUUAGCCUUUGUAAGUUCUGUGAAUCUAAGUUCCCAGACAGAGUUGCAGAGAUUCUUGAUCCUCAUAUGGCGCAUGAGGAGCAUCAAGGGUGCGCAGAAGGAUGGAUUCAGAGAUAUAUUGUCCCCUUGGUUGCCCUUGGGCUGUCAUGUACGGUGGAAUCUCCGAAGGAUAGGCCCGGAAUGAAAGAUGUUUGUGCAAAACUUUCUGAUAUUAGAGCCUCUUUUCUUUAG